AUGCUUGAUCCUUCAUGGUUUGCUAGCUUAGAUGGCUGUUGGGGCCCUCACACUAUUGAGCGCUUUACCAGUGUGAAAACUAAGCAGCUGGACAGAUUUUGUAGCAGAUUCCUAAAUCCUGGUUGUGAAGCUGUUGAUGCUUUCACUGUGUCAUGGGCGGGGGAUUACAAUUGGCUCUUUCCUCCACCAUACCUGGUGCCUUGUGUAUUGUGCCACAUGAACGAUGGACGUGAAGACAGAAUCCUCCUGGUCCCAGAAUGGCCUUCUGCUUCUUGGUGGCCUCUUCUUUUUGCCAAGCAUGGUUCCUGGCACGGUUUUUGACAGCAUCCCUGAGAAUCCAACCUUAUGAGGGUCUUUCCAUUCGGGGAGGCGACAGCAAGCUGUGUUUUUACUGCAGGCGUGCUGUCUUUUUUACUGGCUUUGAAGUUGUGCUUUUGUGGUGCACAUGUUCUUUUGUAGCAUCUUUGGAGUGUUACAGCCUGUCAAGUUAUGAUGAGUGGUUGUUCCUAUGAACCUUGCCGGCCUCAUGCAAUGAUUGUUCAGUGUACCCGCUUUACUCAUGUUACCACCCUGUUAUGGGCAUUUCUUGCUGGCAGGUGUCAUGUUUUGUUACUGUUAGCAGUCUUGCACUCUGUUAUGGGAAUUAUUGUUUUCUCCGGUCUACUGUUGUGGUUUCUCAGCCUGUUAUGGGCUUGCUUGAGCUGUUAUGGCAUUUUAGUUUGUCAUGGCCUGAGUUGCAGUUGUGAUGUUAUUGUCAGUUGUGGCUAUAGUGCUUAAAGAUGGUUAUGGUGUUGUUCUGUUUUUAUGGAAUGUUUUCUCAUUUGCUUGCAUUGCAGUGGUGCAGGCUAUUACAAAAGAGGUUACUCUUCCAGCAGAAUUUGGAGUGGGUCGUUUUGAAGAUCCCCAAGUUGAGGUGAUUGGCAAGCUUUCUACCAGCUGUGUUGGUGCAGGACAGAGCCACUUCAACAGCAGCAAACUAUCUUCCUGCAUACAAGUCCUGGAAGACAUGGGCUAAGAAGCACAGUGCCUCUUAUUUGCCUGCAGACUCUGUGGUGUUUACUCUUUACAUUGUGUCUCUUAUCUAGCAGUCCUGUUCAGUGUCCUCAGUUAAUGCAGCAGUGUAUGGAGUGAGCUGGGUCCAUAAGAAAAGUGGUUACCCGGAACCAAGUGAGUAUCCUAUG